CCCCGGCCCCCGGAGCUAAUACCUUCCUGUGAGGAGAAAUACCUGAGACCCCCAAGCUCAGCCAUCUUUCCGCUGCUGCUUCCUGAGUAGUUGGGACCUCAAGCUCCCAUUCCCGCACUCACAUCUCUGCUAUGUUUAAGCAACAGGUAGUGACCUCCCUCUUCCCUGGCCUGAGCCCUCCGGUCGGCACCCCAGGCGGUGGCCCUAGGGAAGUCUCUGGAGCUGAGCACAGGGUGGACUCUCCCACUCCAGUGAAUGGAGAAUAGAAAGGGAGAGGAUUUCUAUUCCGUUCUGUGGGCCGUCAGCAUGAAAUUGUACGUUUCGCUCAGGCAAGGCUUUGCAUUUCGCAUUCUAGUUUGCAUUCCUGCCCUAGACAGCUUCGAGGCUUUGGAAUUAAAUUGCUAAAAUUAAUUUCAAUAACAAGGAACUUUCCUGGAUCCAAUUACCGCCACACCGCCACUUCUCAGGGACGUACUAUUUCCCUGACUGCUGAGCUGCUCCAGCCUUACUGGUGGGUUUCACCUGCAAAACCCGGAAGACAGAGGCACGGAGAGUGAGAUGGAGGGAAGCUCAGGCCCCGCCCCUUUCCCGCCCCCGCUGACCCCUCACAGCCCAAGACUCUAUUCUCCCGCGCCAGGCCCCUUGUCUUUCGCGCCCCGCCCCGGCCUCGCCCAGGCCCCGCCCAUCUCUUGGGGGUCUUGCCCAGGUCAGGCUCCUGUCCUGCGCUGAUUGGCUCAGGCCCGGAAGCGGACAGCGAGGACUGAAAGUUGUACUGCGGUGUGUGUGCUUCCCGGUUCUCUGGUGCUGCUAUAGGAGGGACGUGGGGUCCCUACAGACCUGCAAAUUCCGGCCCGUCUUUCUCAACCCAGAGCAAAUUGAGACGUCCCGGUGAGAGUCCGAUUUCCAAAGACUCAUGUUACAUGAGGAAGCCACCAAGAAGAGCAAAGAAAAGGAUCCAGGGAUGGCUGUUCCUCAGGGAUGCUUGACUUUCAGGGAUGUGGCUAUAGAAUUCUCUUUCAUGGAGUGGAAAUGCCUGAACCCUGCGCAGAGGGCUUUAUACAGGGAAGUGAUGUUGGAGAACUACAGGAACCUGGAGUUUGUGGAUAGCUCUUUAAAAUCCAUGAUGGAGUUCUCAUCACAUGAGCACAGUAAUACAGGAGAAGGGUUCUACACAGGGACAUUGGAAAGACAUAAAAGUUAUCACAUUGGAGAUUUUUGCUUCCCAGAAAUCAAGAAAGAUAUUCAUCACUUUGAGUUUCAGUGGCAAGAAGUUGAAAGAAAUGGCCAUGAAGCACCUGUGACAGAAAAUAAAGAGUUGACAGGUAGUACAGACCAACAUACUCAAAGGCAUGCUGGAAACAAGCCUAUUAAAGAUCAGCUUGGAUCAAGCUUUCAUUCGCAUCUGCCUGAACUGUGCAUAUUUCAGACACAAGGGAAAAUUAGUAACCAAGUGGACAAGUCUGUCAGUGGUGCUUCCUCAGCUUCAACAUCCCAGAGAAUUUCUGGUAGGCUCAAAACUCAUAUUUCUAAUAAGUAUGGGAAGAAUUUCCUCCAUUCCUCAUUAUCCACACAGAUACAGGAAACAUGCGUGAGAGAAAAACCUUGCCAAAAUAAUGGGUGUGGCAAAGCUUUUAAUUAUAGCUCACUCUUAAGGAGACAUCACAUAACCCAUUCAAGAGAGAAACAAUGUAAAUGUGAUGUCUGUGGCAAGGUUUUUAAUCAGAAGCAAUACCUUGCAUGUCAUCGUAAAUGUCACACUGGUGAGAAAAUUUACAAGUGUAAUGAGUGUGAGAAGACCUUCACUCAGAUGUUAUCCCUUGUAUGCCAUCAUAGACUUCAUACUGGAGAGAAACCUUACAAGUAUAAUGAGUGUGGCAAGACGUUCAGUCAGAAGUCAUCCUUUAGAUGCCAUCGUAGACUUCAUACUGGAGAGAAACCUUACAAGUGUAAUGAGUGUGGCAAGACCUUUGGUCGACAUUCAGCCCUUGUAAUUCAUAAGGCAACACAUACCGGAGAGAAACCUUACAAGUGUAAUGAGUGUGGCAAGACCUUCCAUCAGAAGACAUCCCUUCAGUGCCAUCAUAGACUUCAUACUGGAGAGAAUGCUUACAAAUGUGAAGAAUGUGGCAAGGUUUACAUUCGCAGAUCACACCUUGAAAGACAUAGGAGAAUUCAUACUGGAGAGAAACCAUACAAAUGUAAGAUUUGUGACAAGGUUUUCCGGAGUGAUUCAUACCUUGCAGUACAUCAGAGAGUUCAUACUGGAGAGAAACCGUACAAGUGUAAUAAAUGUGGCAGGAGUUUCAGUCGGAAGUCAUCCCUUCAAUACCAUCAUACACUUCAUACUGGAGAGAAACCUUACACAUGUAAUGAAUGUGGCAAGGUUUUUAGUAGAAGAGAAAACCUUGCACAUCAUCAUAGAAUUCAUACUGGAGAGAAACCUUACAAAUGUAAAGAAUGUGACAGCGUUUUCAGUCGCAAAUCACACCUUGAAAGACAUAGGAGAAUUCACACUGGAGAGAAACCAUACAAAUGUAAGGUUUGUGACAAGGCUUUCCGGAGUGAUUCAUACCUUGCAAACCAUAUGAGAGUUCAUACUGGAGAGAAACCUUACAAGUGUAAUAAAUGUGGGAAGGUUUUUAAUCAAAAAGCACACCUUGCACAACAUCAGAGAGUUCAUACUGGAGAGAAACCUUACAAGUGUAAUGAAUGUGGCAAGGCUUUUAAUCAAAAAACAAGCCUUGCACAACAUCAGAGAGUUCAUACUGGAGAGAAACCUUACAAGUGUAAUGAAUGUGGCAAGGUUUUUAAUCAAAAAACAAACCUUGCAAAACAUCAGAUAGUUCAUACUGGCGAGAAACCUUACAAGUGUAAUGAAUGUGGCAAAGCCUUUACUAGGCAGUCAACACUUAUUCACCACCAAGCAAUCCAUGGUGUAGGGAAACUUUACAAAUAUAAUGAUUCUCACAAAGUCCUCAAUAAUGCUACAGUCAUUGCAAAUCAUUAGAGAAUCCAUAGUGAAGUGAGAUCUACAAAUGUAAUAAAUGUGGCAAAUUUUUCA